UUGCUGCGGCCUCCGGAACGGCAGGUGGCGCUGUGGGGAGCCGGACGAAGCGCCGCUUUUUGGCCUGUGGCGUCGGGACGGAGGCGCGGCCCUUUUCGAAGGACUUCGAGUGCUGGGAGCACCGCGCACCGGCCUCGCCGGCAUCAUGGGCCGCAGGUUCUGCCUGUCUCUUGCGCUAACCGCUCUUCAAACGGUGGCUGCUGAUGAAGGGGCACCCCUUGUUCACCAAGAUUCCUGGGGCGAUUUUUGGCUGUUACGGUUUUUGGUCAAUGCUGCAGGCUAUGCAAGCAUCCUCGUGCCAGGUUUUUUGCUCAUACAGUAUUUUAAGAGGAAGAAUUACCUUGAAACAGGCCGUGGAAUUUGUUUUCCAGUAAUCAAAUCCUGUGUUUUUGGCAAUGAGGCCAAAUCAGUGCAUCAGGAUGAUGCCAUUUCAGCAGCUCGAAAUGAGACUGUAGAGUCAUCUACAGCCCGUCAGGUUUUUAAGCUGCUAUUCUGUGCAACUGGCUUACAGAUCUCCUAUUUGACAUGGGGUGUCCUCCAGGAGCGUGUCAUGACCAGGUCAUAUGGAGCAAGUGACUCAGAGCCUGGAGAGAAGUUCAAAGAUUCUCAGUUCCUCGUCUUCAUGAACCGGAUCCUGGCCUGUACUGUAGCUGGCCUCUGCUGUGCUCUGAUCAAGCAGCCCCGUCAUGGCGCUCCCAUGUACAAGUAUUCUUUUGCUUCCCUCUCCAACAUUCUCAGCAGCUGGUGUCAAUACGAAGCUCUCAAGUAUAUUAGUUUCCCCACACAAGUGCUAGCCAAAGCCUCCAAGGUGAUUCCGGUCAUGCUGAUGGGCAAGUUGGUGUCACGCAAAAGCUACGAGUACUGGGAAUAUUUAACAGCAGCACUCAUUUCAGUAGGGGUUAGCAUGUUUUUGCUCUCUAGUGCCCACGACAAGCAUGUCUCCACCGUCACUACCUUCUCUGGCGUGAUCCUCCUCAGUGGCUACAUUGCUUUUGACAGCUUCACUUCCAACUGGCAGGAUGCCCUCUUCACCUAUAAGAUGUCCUCGGUGCAAAUGAUGUUUGGGGUGAAUGUCUUUUCAUGCCUGUUCACCGUGGGUUCGCUGCUGGAGCAAGGUGCCUUGAUAGAAUCAAUACGCUUUAUGGCACGGCAUUCAGAGUUUGCUGCCCAUGCUGUGCUUUUGUCAGUGUGUUCCGCUUUUGGACAGCUGUUCAUUUUCUACACCAUCAACCAAUUUGGAGCAGCUGUCUUCACCAUUAUCAUGACUCUACGCCAAGCCUUUGCCAUCCUGCUUUCCUGUCUCAUCUAUGGCCAUGCAGUCACUGUGAUGGGUGGGCUGGGAGUAGCUGUGGUUUUCAUAGCCCUUUUCCUCCGUGUCUAUGCCCGCAGUCGCAUGAAGAAGCGAGCAAAAAAAGUACCUGCUGGCGAGGGCAUAGUACAGAAGGUUUAGGAGCUGCAGGAAAAGCUGUGCCCUCCCCACCAGAUCCCAAGCAUUUGCUUAACCCUGGUCAUGAACUUUAAGUAAAGAGCUGGAAAAGAGGUGAAGCUUGAUUAAUUUUUCCCAGAUGAUUUUUUUUAAAAAAAAAAUACUGGGUUGACUUGAAGGAAAUGAAGGAGGGCUUCUUCUGACUGUUAACGUCUGAACAGUCUUCUCAAAACAAGUGGUACCACGAUCCCUUCCUCAAUGAACAGGGGGAGGUGAGCCUAAUGGGCUAACCCUGGUUUGUGGUUUUAUAAAAGAUGGCUUAUUUAUGAUCAGGGCAAAGUGAAGUUGAUUUUGUACAGUUCCCAUCCUGCUGUCUGAAAGGGAAUAUCAAGAAUAAAACUUUGAAAAGUUCUAAUCAGAACAAAAUAUCCAGACUUCACUAUUGGAAGACCAAUCCUAGCCCAGCUCCCACAGGAAAUUUGGGACUUUUCUUACUGGGGGUAACCUUUUUCUAUAAUUGAGGGGGGAGGGGGGCUGCACUUAAAAAAAAAAAAGAUUUCAGCCUGUAAGAGCCAUAGGGACAUGGCAAUAUUUUGGUACAGUCAUGCCAGAUGUUCACCUUUUAUUUUUCAGCAAGAUUUGAGGUAAUGCUGAAGUACAAAAUCAGCAUUUAAAAAUUUCAUACCUGCUUUCUACCUUUUUUUGUAUAAUUAGAUCAAAUUAAUUGGGAUUGCAUAAUGGCAGCUGGAGCCAUUUGCAGCCCACUUACUCCUAUCCUACAGAUUUUGAUUUGUUGAAAUAGUGAGCGCUUUCAAAUCAUUGCCUCUGCGUUUUCUAGUUUGGUAUGCUCAUAAUUUUGCUGAAAAGUUUAGAUAGUGCACCGUUUUUGCUUUUGUUGGUUCUUGCAUUUUGCUAGCUGACAGUCAGCCAUUCAUCCAUUUUCUUGGAACAUUUUCCUGGGAUUUAUAAUUGUAGCAAGCAGUUCAGAAAAGCACAUCCAUUAUCUUUUUUUAAAGGUUGAACUUUUUGGUAGAGAUUCAAUUUUUUUUUUUCAUUGUCCUUGACAAAGUGGUACAGCUGUACAUCUUGACUUUGCAGAAUUUGCUACAGCUUCGCAAUUUACACAAGGAACCAGCAAUACAAGACAAACAGGUCAGCCUUGUAUUCUUCCAACAAGAUGGCUUCCCUUGAAAACUGGAGUAUUGCAGAGUUCUGGUAUACACACCCUCAUUUUACAUAGUGCGCUCAGCAUGUUGUAACUGUUGAGGGUGAGAACUUUGAAUGUUGUUGCUCAAAGCAGUUCCCUGGUCUUUUUAUCAUUUUUGGAAUUAAGAAACAGUAGCUCAGAGUUGUACAGGACAGGAGUGAUGGAUAUGUCCAAACACAAUUGCUCUGAAACCUCACUACAGCAUUGGAGUUACUUUUCCAGUUCCACCUAGAAUGUCUGGAUUUUACCAAUUUAACAAUUUUAAACUGCCAAGCUGAAAUUGUGCAGUGCAAAUAUUUCUUGAAAUAAAACUAUCUUAUUUUAUUAAAUUCAAAAUAUGCAGCAAAGAAA